AGAGAAGAGCGCAACGCAAGCAGAGAGAGGCAAUGGCGAUGGCGAGGAGGAGGGUCGUAGCGCUCGCGUCCCAGUUUCUCCAGAGGCGGCGGCUCCCCGCGCCUCGGUUCCUCUCGUCGGCUGCGGCCGGCGCUCUCGACCGCCUCAACUCGCCGCCUUUCGCGCGCCCGUCGGCUCUCAGGAACCCCGCCCCUCCUUCCCCAUGGGAUCGGCUCGGAGGGCAGAGGAGGACCAUGUUCAUCCAAACGCAGUCGACACCCAACCCGCAGUCGCUCAUGUUCCAUCCUGGCAAGCCGGUUAUGGAAGUUGGGAGCUCCGACUUCCCAAAUGUUCGGACCGCCAUGACAUCUCCUUUGGCCAAGGCGCUGUUCGCGAUCGAUGGAGUUACCAGAGUGUUCUUUGGAUCUGAUUUUGUAACUGUGACAAAAUCAGAUGAAACUUCUUGGGAUUAUCUUAAGCCUGAGAUCUUUGCUGCGAUAAUGGAUUUCUACUCAUCUGGGCAACCACUUUUUCUGGACUCAAAUACAGCUGCUGCUAUGGACACAGCAAUUCAUGAGGAUGACUCAGAAAUAGUUGCUAUGAUAAAAGAAUUGUUGGAGACUCGCAUCCGGCCAGCUGUUCAAGAUGAUGGUGGUGACAUUGAAUACCGAGGAUUUGACCCAGAAACAGGGAUAGUGAAGCUAAAAAUGCAAGGUGCCUGCAGUGGCUGUCCAAGUUCAUCAGUCACGUUGAAAUCUGGCAUAGAGAACAUGCUCAUGCAUUAUGUGCCCGAGGUGAAAGGAGUGGAGCAGGAGUUUGAUGGUGAUGAGGAAGCCGAAUUGGCCGGCCAGGUGGAAUGAGUUUCUACGGGCAAACCACAAACCACAACCCUGUCACAUGUUGUUCAGGGAAACCAUGCUACGCAUGAAAUGUUUGGGAGAAUUCGAACCUCUCCCAAAGCCGUAGGCUAUCACUAUAUUUUCUGAGAUAAAUCAGGAAUAGCCUGACGUUUUUGCGACGAUUAGACGGUUGUAGUUUUGAUCAGAUGUAUCCAAGAAGCAGACUAUCAUACAUGGUAGAGAAGCGGCAGUAGCCUAUAAACCAACAUGGGUGUGCUAGGGCUGAAUAAAGUGACACUUGAUUGAUCUUACUUUUUGUCCAACUCUGUAUAUGCUGAGCUUGUCUAACUAAUGGCAAAGGUUUUUACUUUGGCA